ACGGUUCGGAUUUCGGUGGCACCCGACAAGCCCGACAAGAUGGGGGCACGGAGAUGAGUAAUGAAGUUGUUAUGUGGUCGAGUGGGUCAAUGUGAAAUUACAUGACUACGUAAAUUGAAUAAUGGGUGAUUCAUUAGAAGGAGGAACUGGAGAUAGCCCUGCAGUGGCCGAAAGUGUUGCAAUUGUCGAAUACUGUACGUUUGCUACUUACUUGAAAAAGGCCGUUACUAUUCUGCUGCCAGAGGAUGAGGAUAUAAUUUCUCCAGCAUUAACUGCAGCAUUAAGUGAUCGCAGUAAUCAGGAUUGCAUACAGAAAUUUUUAAGCGAUCCGCAAGUUUCGUGCUUGCUUAUACAGCGUGCAUCAUCAAAAGAUGAAGACGGUGACCAGUCUGCUGAAGGAGAGGAGGAGAAAGAUGCUGUUACAUACUGUGUCUCAAAUGAAGUUCAUUUCACAAAUCCGAAGAUGUCCAGCAUGGUCUGUAUCAAGAGGGGAGCAGUUGUUGAAGCGGACAAGGCCAUUCACUCCCAGCUGCGACUCAUCAACUUCAGUGAAGGUUCUCCAUAUGAGACACUUCAUGCAUUCAUCAGCAAAACCAUGGCUCCGUACUUCAAAUCGUAUGUGAAGGAGUCAGGACGUGCAGACAGAGAUGGAGAUAAAAUGGCGCCUUCUGUGGAGAAGAAGAUGGCUGAGCUUGAGAUGGGAUUGCUGCAUCUGCAGCAGAACAUCGACAUCCCUGAAAUUUCUCUUCCGGUGCACCAGACUGUUGCAGCUGUCAUCAAGCGUUGUGGAGACGAAGGCCGUAAACCUAAAGUUGCAGAUUUUGGAGAGAAAGUAGAGGACUCAUCAUUCCUCAAUCAGCUACAGAACGGUGUCAACCGGUGGAUUAAGGAAAUUCAGAAAGUUACAAAACUAGAUCGAGAUCCUUCAUCAGGAACUGCGUUACAAGAGAUUAGCUUCUGGCUUAAUCUGGAGAGAGCUCUGCAUCGUAUACAGGAGAAGCGGGAAAGUCUUGAAGUUGCUCUGACACUCGAUAUCCUCAAACAUGGGAAGAGAUUUCAUGCAACAGUGAGCUUUGACACAGACACAGGUCUGAAGCAGGCACUGGCUACUGUUAAUGACUACAAUCCACUUAUGAAGGACUUCCCAAUUAAUGACCUCCUGUCAGCUACUGAGUUAGAUCGCAUCCGUUCAGCUGUGCAACUCAUUUUCUCGCAUCUUCGAAAAAUUCGCAGCACCAAGUAUCCAAUCCAGAGGGCUCUUCGACUUGUUGAAGCGAUAUCAAGGGAUCUUGGCUCCCAGCUCUUGAAGGUACUAGGAACAAGACGUCUGAUGCACAUACCUUUUGAUGAAUUUGAAAAAGUUAUGGCACAAUGUUUUGAUGUCUUUACAACAUGGGAUGACGAAUAUGAUAAGCUGCAGGGCUUGCUGAGGGACAUUGUGAAAAAGAAGCGUGAUGAACAUUUGAAGAUGGUAUGGCGUGUGUCUCCUGCGCACAAACGUCUACAGACCCGAAUGGAGCAUAUGCGCUCCUUCCGUCGUCAACAUGAGCAGCUACGUACAGUAAUUGUGCGUGUGCUUCGUCCUACAUUACUGUCUGUAAUUUCAACUCGCCAGGUAGAUCAGCAGCCGCAGCAUCCAAGUACUCCUGAUCAACAGGAAGCAGGAGAUAUGAAACCAGAAGUCCUUGGUUUGGAGGCAGCUGAUGCUAAUGCCAUAGAGGAAGUUAACCUUGCAUAUGAAAAUGUAAAGGAAGUUGACUGCCUGGACAUAAGUCGUGAGGGGUUGGAAGCAUGGGAUGCAGCAGUUCGACGUUACGAGGAACGAAUUGAUCGUGUGGAGACACGCAUCACAGCACACCUCCGUGACCAGCUUGGAACAGCCAAGAAUGCCAAUGAGAUGUUCCGCAUUUUUUCAAGGUUCAAUGCUUUGUUUGUUCGACCUCAUAUUCGUGGUGCCAUCCGGGAAUACCAGACUCAGCUCAUUCAAAGAGUAAAGGAUGACAUUGAAGCUUUACAUGAAAAGUUCAAGGUCCAGUAUCCACAGAGUAAGUCCUGUCGUAUGAGUAUUGUACGAGACUUACCUCCCAUAUCAGGUUCCAUAGUGUGGGCUAAGCAAAUUGAUCGACAGCUCACAGCGUACUUAAGAAGAGUGGAAGAUGUAUUAGGGAAAGGCUGGGAGAACCACAUAGAGGGACAGAAACUGAAGGCAGAUGGAGACAGUUUUCGACUGAAGCUGAACACCCAAGAAAUAUUCGAUGACUGGGCUCGUAAAGUUCAGCAGCGGAAUCUAGGAGUGACUGGACGUAUCUUUGCCAUUGAGAGUCAGCGUUCACGAACUGGACGUGGUAAUGUUCUGAAGCUGAAAGUGAACUUUCUCCCAGAGAUUAUAACUCUUUCAAAAGAGGUACGAAACCUGAAGAACCUUGGUUUCCGUGUGCCACUUGCAAUAGUGAACAAGGCGCACCAGGCGAACCAGCUGUACCCAUUUGCCAUCUCUCUGAUUGAAAGUGUUAGGACAUAUGAAAGAACCCUUGAGAAGCUCACAAACCGGAGUUCCCCAAAUAGUCCAUCAUUCAAGAUUGAAGAUAAAGCCAGCAUUAUUCCUCUUGUUGCUGGAAUGCGUAGAGAGGUCCAGAUGCUUGUUGCUGAGGGCAUUGCUCUUGUGUGGGAGAGCUACAAGUUGGACCCGUAUGUUCAGCGGUUGGCAGAAGUGGUCUUCAGCUUCCAGGAAAAGGUUGAAGACCUUCUAGUUGUGGAGGAACAGCUGGAUGUAGAUGUCCGUUCAUUGGAGACAUGCCCAUAUUCAGCAAAUACUUUUGCAGACAUCCUUGGUAAAAUCCAGCAUGCAGUUGAUGAUUUAAGUCUCCGACAGUAUUCAAACCUUCACAUAUGGGUGACUCGUCUUGAUGAAGAGGUUGAGAAGAACUUGGCUGCCCGUCUGCAGUCCGGUAUCCAGGCGUGGACAAACGCUCUAAACGGCACCAAGAAGGAAAUUGACCUGAGCAUGGAUACAGAUGCUCCCACUCAGCCCACCCAUAAGCCUGGCGGAGACCCACAGAUUCAGACUGUGGUGCAUGAGGUACGGAUCACAAAUCAGAUAAUGUACCUUUUUCCCAGCAUCGAAGAAGCACGAUUCCAAAUCAUGCAACAGUUGUUUGCCUGGCAAGCCAUUGUAACAUCUCAGACUCGUCUCCAGAGCUCUCGUUACCAAGUAGGCCUCGAUCGUCCAACAUCACAGACGUAUCGCAAUCUCCUCACCAAACUGCCACAAGGGAGCACAGUUCUAGAGUCAGCAUAUGAGGCCAUUGAAAACAAGAUUAAACAGGUUCAUACAUAUGUGGGUGAGUGGCUGCAGUACCAGUCCCUUUGGGAUCUGCAGCCAGACAACCUGUACGGGAAGCUUGGUGAGGACAUCAACCUCUGGAUGAAGUGUCUUAAUGAUAUCAAGAAAACACGUACCACAUUUGAUACAUCAGAUACUCGUCGUGAGUUCGGCCCAGUUGUGAUCGAUUACGCUAAAGUGCAGAGCAAAGUGUCGCUGAAGUAUGAUUCAUGGCAUAAGGAGACUCUGGGAAAGUUUGGGUCUCUGCUAGGAAAUGACAUGUCACAGUUCCACACUCAGGUGUCAAAGUCUCGUAGCGAACUGGAGCAGCAGUCAAUUGAAGCGGCGAGCACUUCGGACGCAGUGACUUUCAUAACUUAUGUGCAAUCUCUGAAGAGGAAGAUGAAAGCAUGGGAGAAGCAGGUGGAGGUGUACAGGGAGGGUCAGCGCAUAUUGGAGAGGCAGAGGUUCCAGUUUCCAAGCAGCUGGCUGCAUGUUGAUAACAUUGAGGGCGAAUGGGGAGCUUUCAAUGAGAUUAUCAAGCGCAAGGAUUCGUCUAUCCAAACUCAGGUUGCAAGCUUGCAGAUGAAGAUCGUGGCUGAGGAUAAAGCAGUGGAAACACGUACCAAUGAUUUUCUCAAUGACUGGGAAAGGAACAAACCCGUUGAGGGUCAUCUCCGACCAGAUGAAGCCUUGCAACACCUACAGAUGUAUGAGAGCAAAUUUGCUCGGCUUAAGGAAGAGCGGGAUAACGUUGCGAAGGCUAAAGAGGCCCUAGAACUUCAGGAACCUGGAGGUGUAAGCACAAGUGAAGACAGGAUGCAGGUUGUUUUUGAGGAACUGCAGGACCUGCGAGGUGUGUGGUCUGAACUAUCUCGUAUCUGGGCACAAAUUGAUGAGAUACGCGAGAAGCCAUGGCUGUCAGUCCAACCUCGCAAGCUGCGUCAGCAGCUGGACACACUCAUGGCUCAGUUGAAGGAACUUCCGGCAAGGUUGCGUCAGUAUUCAUCAUACGAGUAUGUGAAGAAGCUGCUGCAGAGUUACACCAAGGUGAACAUGAUGAUUGUGGAGCUGAAGUCAGAUGCCCUCAAGGAACGACAUUGGAAGUUGCUGAUGAAACAGCUGCGUGUGAACUGGGUCUUGUCGGAUCUGACACUGGGCCAAGUGUGGGACGUAAACCUGCAGAAGAAUGAAGCUGUAGUGAAAGAUAUAAUUCUUGUUGCGCAGGGAGAGAUGGCUUUGGAGGAGUUUCUCAAGCAGGUUCGAGAGUCAUGGCAGAACUAUGAGCUGGACUUGAUCAACUACCAGAACAAGUGCCGGUUAAUCCGAGGUUGGGAUGAUCUUUUCAACAAAGUGAAGGAACACAUCAAUUCUGUGGCAGCCAUGAAGCUGUCUCCAUACUACAAGGUGUUCGAGGAGGAAGCCCUCACUUGGGAAGAGAAAUUGAAUCGCAUCAAUGCUUUGUUUGAUGUGUGGAUUGAUGUGCAAAGACGUUGGGUGUACCUUGAAGGGAUAUUUUCUGGCAGUGCAGACAUCAAAGUUCUGCUGCCAGUGGAGACUUCUCGCUUCCAGAGCAUUAGUUCAGAAUUCCUGGGUCUCAUGAAGAAAGUAACAAAAUCACCAAUGGUGAUGGAUGUCCUGAACAUCCCAGGAGUUCAGCGUUCGCUUGAAAGAUUGGCUGACUUGUUGGGAAAGAUCCAGAAAGCACUGGGAGAAUACCUUGAACGUGAGAGAACUUCAUUUCCCAGGUUCUACUUUGUGGGCGAUGAAGACUUGCUGGAGAUAAUUGGUAACAGCAAGAAUGUCGCUCGUUUGCAGAAGCACUUCAAGAAAAUGUUUGCUGGUGUGGCAGCUAUCAUUUUGAAUGAAGACAACACAGUGAUCACGGGCAUUGCCUCAAGAGAAGGAGAAGAGGUCAAAUUCAGUGAGCCUGUAUCAACAGUUGAUCACCCAAAGAUUAAUGAGUGGCUGAGUCUGGUUGAAGGACAGAUGAGGUUCACCCUAGCUUCAUCUCUGGCGCAGGCAGUUCAAGAUAUCAAGCAGUUCAAGGAUGGUGCCAUUGACAGACAGGCAUACAUGCAUUGGUGCGACAAAUAUCAGGCCCAGAUCGUGGUGCUGGCAGCCCAAAUUCUGUGGAGUGAGGAUGUUGAAGCAGCUUUGCAUCAGAUUAGUGCAGCUGGUGACCAGAAGAUGACACCAUUGGAAAGAGUGCUGUCUCAAGUGGAGACGACACUGAAUGUUCUUGCAGACUCAGUCCUACAGGAACAGCCUCCCCUGCGCAGGAGGAAACUUGAGCACUUGAUCAAUGAAUUUGUCCACAAGCGUACAGUGACACGGCGACUUAUCGCUAAUGGGAUAUCAAGUCCCAAGGCAUUUGAAUGGCUGUGUGAGAUGCGUUUCUACUUUGACCCUCGUCAAACAGAAGUCCUGCAACAGCUCACUAUACACAUGGCCAAUGCAAAAUUUUUCUAUGGUUUUGAAUAUCUAGGAGUUCAAGAUCGCCUAGUACAAACACCCCUCACUGAUCGCUGCUACCUGACAAUGACACAAGCUUUGGAGUCACGCUUGGGAGGUUCCCCUUUUGGUCCUGCUGGAACUGGGAAAACGGAGUCAGUCAAAGCCCUUGGCCAUCAGUUGGGUCGCUUCGUCUUGGUGUUCAACUGUGAUGAGACAUUCGACUUCCAAGCAAUGGGACGGAUCUUUGUUGGUCUGUGCCAAGUUGGAGCUUGGGGAUGCUUCGACGAGUUCAACAGACUGGAAGAGAGAAUGCUGUCAGCCGUGUCACAGCAAGUGCAGACAAUUCAGGAGGCCCUGAAGUCACAGCAGGAUGGGAAGAAAGAAGGCUGCAUAUCUGUUGAGCUUGUGGGGAAGCAAGUGCGAGUCUCAACUGACAUGGCAAUCUUCAUCACUAUGAACCCUGGCUACGCUGGUCGAUCUAACCUGCCUGACAAUUUGAAGAAAUUGUUCCGGUCCUUGGCAAUGACAAAACCCGACCGCCAGCUCAUCGCUGAGGUGAUGCUGUUCUCUCAAGGUUUCCGAACAGCUGAGAAGCUUGCCUGCAAGAUUGUGCCGUUCUUCAAGUUGUGCGAUGAACAGCUGUCAAACCAGUCGCACUAUGACUUUGGCCUCCGAGCCCUCAAGUCUGUUCUGGUGUCUGCUGGUAAUGUGAAACGAGACCGUAUCAUGAAGAUACGAGGUGAAUCUAAUAUCGAUGAGGCUUCCAUAGCAGAGAAUUUGCCAGAACAGGAGAUCCUGAUCCAGUCGGUGUGUGAGACGAUGGUACCUAAGCUCGUGGCUGAGGACAUUCCUCUCCUGUUCUCAUUGCUGUCGGAUGUGUUCCCUAAUGUCGGCUACACCCGGGCCGAGAUGGCAGGUUUGAAGGACCAGAUCCGGAAGGUGUGUCAAGAGGAGUAUUUGGUGUGUGGCGAGGGAGAAGAGCAAGGAGGCGCCUGGAUGGAGAAAGGAACAAUAGGCGAGACUUGGGUUGAGAAGGUUCUCCAGUUGUACCAGAUCUGCAAUCUCAACCACGGGCUGAUGAUGGUUGGCCCCAGUGGCUCUGGCAAAACAGCUGCUUGGAAGGUUCUUCUGAAAGCCCUUGAACGUUAUGAGGGGACUGAGGGUGUGGCCCACGUCAUUGAUCCAAAGGCCAUUUCCAAAGAGGCCUUGUAUGGGGUCCUGGAUCCAAACACACGGGAGUGGACAGAUGGUCUCUUUACGCACAUCUUGAGGAAGAUUAUUGACAACGUGCGUGGUGAGAUCAAUAAACGACAGUGGAUCAUCUUUGAUGGAGAUGUAGAUCCGGAGUGGGUUGAGAACCUGAAUUCUGUGCUGGAUGACAACAAAUUGCUUACAUUGCCAAACGGAGAGCGGUUGUCUUUGCCUCCGAAUGUCAGAGUCAUGUUUGAAGUUCAGGACUUGAAGUAUGCAACUCUAGCCACUGUGUCCCGUUGCGGGAUGGUCUGGUUUUCCGAAGACGUGUUGUCCACUGAAAUGAUCUUUGAGAACUACAUGUCACGUCUGCGUAACAUUCCCCUAGAGGAAGCUGAUGAGGACUCUGGCUUUGGCAAGAAGACUGAGAAUAAAGAGGAUGUUCUGUCACCUGCAUUGCAGGUCCAGCAAGAGGUGGCAAGUAUUUUGCAGCCAUUCUUUUCACCUGAUGGUCUGGUGGUGAGAUGCCUCGAGUUUGCAAUGAAACAAGAACAUAUCAUGGACUUCACAAGACUUCGAGCCCUCAGUUCUUUGUUUUCCAUGCUUAACCAAGGAGUCAGGAAUGUGCUGCAGUACAACCACAGUCACGCAGACUUUCCUCUGCCAAGCGAGGAGCUUGAGAGGUACAUUCCCAAAUGCCUUGUUUAUGCAUUGUUGUGGAGCUUUGCUGGUGAUGCCAAGCUUAAAGUUCGUUCAGACCUGGGUGACUUCAUUCGUUCUGUGACAACAGUACCACUGCCACCCUCUACUCAUAUUCCUGUUAUUGACUAUGAGGUCAGUAUUACCACACGCGAAUGGUGUCCCUGGUCCAACAGAGUGCCACAGAUUGAGGUGGACACCCACAAGGUGGCUGCACCUGAUAUAGUCGUACCAACUCUAGAUACAGUUCGCCAUGAAUCACUUCUGUAUACAUGGCUCGCAGAACACAAGCCUCUAGUUUUGUGUGGACCGCCUGGCUCAGGGAAAACCAUGACACUCUUCUCUGCCCUUCGAGCACUGCCAGACAUGGAAGUCGUUGGCCUUAAUUUCUCCUCAGCAACAACACCGGAGCUUCUGCUAAAGACGUUUGACCACUAUUGCGAGUAUCGAAAGACUCCAAACGGAGUUGUGCUUGCCCCUGUCCAGCUAGGUAAAUGGCUCGUGUUAUUCUGUGAUGAAAUCAACUUGCCAGACAUGGACCAGUAUGGCACACAGCGAGUGAUAUCGUUCCUCCGUCAGCUAGUGGAGCACCGAGGGUUCUACCGAGCUUCAGACCAAGCGUGGGUAUCUUUGGAGAGAAUUCAGUUUGUGGGGGCCUGCAAUCCGCCCACUGAUCCUGGUAGGAAGCCCCUGUCUCAUCGGUUCCUGCGACAUGUCCCUGUAAUCUACGUAGAUUACCCAGGAGAAACAUCGCUGAAGCAGAUCUAUGGCACCUUCAGCAGGGCUAUGCUUCGUAUCAUUCCGUCACUCCGUGGUUAUGCUGAACCACUGACAAACGCGAUGGUAGAGUUCUACCUAGCGUCGCAGGAACGCUUCACUCAGGACAUGCAGCCACAUUAUGUUUACUCUCCCCGAGAGAUGACUAGAUGGGUUAGAGGAAUCUGUGAGGCCAUCAGGCCACUGGAGAAUCUGCCUGUAGAGGGAUUGGUACGAUUGUGGGCGCAUGAAGCUCUGCGCUUGUUCCAAGAUCGCCUGGUUGAAGAUUCUGAGCGGCGUUGGACGAAUGAAAACAUUGACACUGUGGCUCUGAAACAUUUCCCGGGAGUGGACAAAGAUACUGCUCUCAGUCGGCCAAUCCUGUACAGCAACUGGUUGUCCAAAGACUAUGUACCUGUCGACAGGGAAGAACUUCGAGAUUACGUGAAAGCCAGGCUCAAGGUGUUCUACGAAGAAGAACUUGAUGUGCCUUUGGUGCUGUUUGAUGAAGUUCUGGACCAUGUGCUGAGAAUUGACCGAAUCUUCCGCCAGCCACAGGGACAUCUGCUGCUGAUCGGCGUAUCGGGUGCUGGCAAGACCACUCUCUCCCGCUUUGUUGCUUGGAUGAAUGGGCUGUCCAUUUUCCAGAUUAAGGUACACAACAAGUAUACAGGUGAAGAUUUUGAUGAGGACCUGCGGGCAGUGCUGCGUCGGUCCGGCUGUAAGGAUGAGAAGAUAGCUUUCAUUCUCGAUGAAUCAAAUGUCUUGGACUCUGGUUUCUUGGAGAGAAUGAAUACCCUCUUGGCAAAUGGAGAAGUGCCUGGUCUCUUUGAGGGAGAUGAGUACACAACCCUGAUGACCCAGUGCAAGGAGGGUGCACAGCGAGAAGGGUUGAUGCUGGAUUCAAAUGAAGAACUGUACAAAUGGUUCACUGGCCAGGUGAUGCGCAACCUACAUGUUGUAUUCACCAUGAAUCCUUCAUCUGAAGGUCUGAAGGACCGUGCAGCCACAUCACCUGCUCUCUUCAACCGUUGUGUACUCAACUGGUUUGGUGACUGGUCAGAUGGUGCACUGUUCCAGGUUGGACGUGAAUUCACAAACCGAGUAGACUUGGACAGACCCACUUGGAAGGCUCCAGAUUUCUUCCCGUCUGCAGUAACGAGUCUGCCUGCCCCACCCACACAUCGUGAUGCAGUAAUCAAUGCAUGUGUAUAUGUGCACCAGACACUUCAUAAGGCCAAUGCUCGGCUUGCCAAAAGAGGCAGUCGCACAAUGGCAAUCACACCACGGCAUUACCUGGACUUCAUCAACCACUUUGUCAAGCUGUAUAAUGAGAAGCGAUCUGAUCUGGAGGAGCAGCAGCUGCAUCUGAAUGUUGGCUUGAACAAGAUCGCGGAAACUGUGGAGCAGGUGGAGGAGAUGCAGAAGUCUCUGGCUGUCAAGUCACAGGAAUUGCAAGCAAAGAAUGAUGCAGCCAAUGCCAAACUGCGCCAGAUGGUGAAAGAUCAGCAGGAGGCAGAAAAGAAGAAGGUUCAGAGCCAGGAGAUUCAGGCUGAACUCGAAAUUCAGACAGUCAAAAUAGCGCAGAAGCGGGAGGAUGUAAUGGCUGACCUGGCCCAAGUGGAACCGGCUGUUAUCGAUGCCCAGCAAGCUGUGAAAUCAAUCAAAAGGCAACACCUUGUGGAGGUUCGUUCGAUGGCAAAUCCACCAGUACUUGUGAAACUUGCGUUGGAGUCAAUCUGUCUUCUGCUUGGUGAAAAUGCCAGUGACUGGAAGUCGAUCCGUGCUGUUAUCAUGAGGGACAACUUUAUCAAUACCAUUGUCUCUAAUUUCAGUACUGAGGACAUUAAUGAUGAGGUUCGGGAGAAGAUGAAGUUCCGGUACCUCAGCAAUCCUGACUACAACUUUGAGAAAGUGAAUCGAGCCAGUAUGGCUUGUGGUCCCAUGGUCAAGUGGGCCAUUGCACAGAUAAACUAUGCAGACAUGUUGAAGCGUGUUGAGCCCUUGCGGGACGAGCUGCACUCAUUAGAGGUGCAGGCCCAAGAAAACAAGAACCGUGGUGAAGAAGUGACGAACCUCAUCACACAGCUGGAGCACAGCAUCGCAUCCUACAAGGAAGAGUAUGCUCAACUCAUAUCUCAGGCCCAGGCCAUCAAGACUGACCUGGAGAAUGUUCAGGCCAAGGUUGAUCGUUCGAUUGCUCUUCUGAAGUCACUGGGCAUUGAACGCGAUCGCUGGGAGGCGACAAGUGUGACUUUCCGGUCUCAGAUGUCGACCAUCAUUGGAGAUGUCCUUCUUUCGUCAGCUUUCUUGGCAUAUGCAGGCUAUUUUGACCAGCAUUAUCGACAGAACUUGUUUGCGACAUGGUGCCACCAUCUGCAGCAGGCAGGCUUACAGUUUCGAGGUGACAUAGCCCGUACUGAGUACUUAUCAAAUCCGGAUGAACGUCUUCGCUGGCAAGCCAAUGCUUUACCUUCUGAUGACCUCUGCACUGAGAAUGCCAUCAUGCUUAAGCGCUUCAACCGUUACCCACUGAUAAUUGACCCAUCUGGACAAGCUACUGAAUUUAUCCUCAACGAAUUCCGUGACAAGAAGAUAACAAAAACAAGUUUUCUGGAUGAUUCAUUUAGAAAGAAUCUAGAGUCAGCCCUGCGAUUUGGAAAUCCCCUUCUGGUUCAGGAUGUCGAGAACUAUGAUCCUAUCCUGAAUCCAGUGCUAAACCGAGAGUUGCGGCGAACUGGCGGACGUGUUCUUAUCACCCUCGGUGACCAAGACAUUGAUCUGUCUCCAUCAUUCGUUAUCUUUCUGUCAACCCGAGAUCCCACAGUGGAGUUCCCACCAGACAUCUGCUCUCGUGUGACGUUCGUGAACUUCACGGUGACUCGUAGCUCACUACAGAGCCAGUGUCUCAACCAGGUGCUCAAGGCGGAGCGCCCAGACAUUGACGAGAAGCGUUCAGACCUGCUUAAGCUACAGGGUGAGUUCCACCUUCGACUGCGUCAGCUGGAGAAGUCGCUGCUGCAGGCGUUGAAUGACGCGAAGGGUAAGAUUCUGGAUGAUGACAGUGUGAUUACAACACUGGAAACUCUGAAACAGGAGGCAGCAGACAUCAGUAAGAAGGUGGAAGAGACGGACAAGGUGAUUGGUGAAAUUGAAACUGUGUCCCAGCAGUACAUGCCCCUGUCACAGGCGUGCAGCAAUAUUUACUUCACAAUGGACAGUCUGAACCAGAUCCACUUCCUGUACCAGUAUUCACUCAAGUUCUUCUUGGACAUCUUCAGUUCCGUGCUGUACAGCAACCCAAAACUAGGCAGUGUCACCGACUGUGGCGCCAGACUCGCAAUCAUAACACGGGACCUGUUUGGAGUUUGCUAUGAGAGAGUAGCCCGGGGUAUGCUGCACAUUGACCGCUUGACUUUUGCCUUGCUCUUGUGUCGUAUUCACAUGAAGGGUGCACCCAAUCAGCCUAACCUUGAUCAAGAGUUUGCUUUCUUCCUGCGUGGAAAAGAGGGGAUGCUGACCUCCAGACUGCCCACCAUGGAAGGCCUCAAUCUAGAGCAGCUAGAGGCCUUAUUCCGCAUGUCCACAAGACUGCCAGCAUUCAAGAAACUGUCGCACAGAAUCCAAGAGAUGCCAGAAUUUGGAGCAUGGUUACAGCAAGGAACACCUGAGCAGUGUGUACCCCAGCUGUGGGAAGAGGACAGGCAACUGAGCCCAGUGGGGAGUGCCAUGUACCAGCUGCUUGUCAUACAGGCAUUCCGGCCAGAUCGCGUGAUUGCAGCUGCACAGCUGUUUGUGUCGUCUGUGCUGGGCGAGGACUUCAUGCCAGCAGCAGAGAAAGAACUGGACCUUGCAGCCAGCGUAGAGACAGAACUGCGUGCAAAUGUGCCUGCGCUGCUGUGUUCCGUACCGGGUUUCGACGCAUCUGGGCGAGUGGAUGAUCUGGCCGCUGAGUUGGGAAAGCCUAUUGCCAGCAUUGCUAUUGGUUCUGCAGAAGGUUUCAACCAGGCAGAUAGGGCCAUCAACCUGGCUGUGAAAUCAGGAAGGUGGGUGAUGCUGAAGAACGUACAUCUGGCCCCCCAGUGGCUGGUACAGCUGGAGAAGAAACUGCACAGCUUACAGCCCCAUGCCAGCUUCCGACUCUUCCUCACCAUGGAAAUAAAUCCAAAGGUUCCAGUGAACCUACUUCGAGCUGGACGCAUCUUUGUGUUCGAGCCACCUCCUGGUAUUCGAGCAAACCUGCUGCGAACUUUCAGUACUGUUCCUGCAUCUCGUAUGAUGAAAGCACCAAAUGAACGUGCUAGGCUGUAUUUCUUGCUUGCAUGGUUUCAUGCCAUUGUGCAGGAACGUUUGCGCUAUGUACCUCUAGGAUGGGCAAAGUAUUAUGAAUUCAAUGAAUCUGAUCUCCGAGUGGCAUGUGAUACCCUAGACACAUGGAUUGAAACCACUGCUAUGGGCCGCACCAACCUGCCACCAGAGAAAGUUCCAUGGGAUGCUCUGGUGACACUUCUAUCCCAGUGUAUAUACGGUGGAAAGAUUGACAAUGAUUUUGACCAGCGUUUAUUGGCUUCAUUCUUGGCAAAACUUUUUACACCUCGCAGUUUUGAAGCUGACUUCGCUCUGGUAGCAAAUGUGGAUGGAGUAGCAGGGGGUCCUGGAGGCCAGAGGCACAUCACUAUGCCUGAUGGCACGAGACGAGAUCACUUUCUACAUUGGAUUGAAUCUCUGGCUGAUAGGCAGACUCCAUCGUGGCUGGGCCUCCCCAACAAUGCAGAGAAAGUCUUACUCACAACUAGAGGCACAGACUUAGUUGGGAAGUUGCUUAAGAUGCAGCAGCUGGAAGAUGAUGAUGAACUAGCCUAUUCAGCAGAGGAAGGACUCAGCCAGACGCAUGUGCAGGAUUGUGAUGGACGACCAUCAUGGAUGAGGACAUUACACACCUCUGCCUCCACCUGGCUACAGUUGCUUCCAAAGUCUCUUCAGACCUUGCGACGCACAGUCGAGAACAUCAAAGAUCCUCUAUACCGUUACUUUGAGCGUGAGGUCAACUCUGGAGCUAAGCUACUUCAGGAUGUGAUUCAUGAUUUGGAAGAUGUAGUCCUCAUUUGUCAGGGAGAAAAGAAGCAGACAAACUACCAUCGUACUAUGCUGAGUGACCUUGUAAAGGGAAUCCUUCCUCCCAGCUGGAGACGUUACACGGUGCCUCGCGGCUGCACUGUCAUUCAGUGGAUCACUGACUUCAGUCAGCGAGUGAAGCAGUUGCAGGAAGUAUCACUUCUGGUCUCUCAAGGGGGAGCCAAGGAACUGAAGACGUUCCAUGUUUGGUUGGGUGGACUGCUGAAUCCUGAGGCCUACAUAACUGCAACACGCCAGUGCAUUGCACAGGCCAACAGUUGGUCUCUUGAGGAACUGAUGCUCGACGUGACUAUCACAGACGGAGGGGCAGAUACUAGCAAAGCCAGCAUGGAUGAAUGUAGUUUUGGGGUUAUUGGUUUGAAGCUGCAAGGAGCUCAGUGCCGCAACAAUCAACUGCAUCUCACAUCCACCAUUAUGAUGGACUUGCCAGUCACACUUCUUCGCUGGGUUAGGAUGGGUAUCAGUGGUACAGACUCGCACAUGUGGCUGUCACGCCAAGGCAAGCUGUCGCUACCUGUGUACCUCAACUCGACUCGUACAGAGCUCCUCUUUACUGUUGACUUGAACAUCGCUCCAGGACAGGAUCAGCACAGCUUCUAUGAGCGUGGAGUGGCUGUGCUCACAUCCACUGCUCUUAAUUAAUAUGCAGAUUAGUCGCAUUUGUUUCCCCGUAGGGCAUAUUCUAGUACAGCAGUUACAUAUAUAAUAAAUGGUCUAUGAAAUUAUAUGGCUGCUCGUAGCAUACUGAUCUUUUAUGGUGAGGAGUUGUUAUCUCCGUGCCAAAUCCCAAAAGGCUGGAGAACCACUGCUUGUUGGCUCUAUAUGGAUGCUUGUUAUAUAUAUAUAUAUAUGCAGCUACCCUCCAUAGUUUGAAGCAUUUCACUGUCUGCAACCUGAGGAUGACCCACUGAAUGUAUGUCUUGUUUAUAAAGUAUCCAUGUUGUAGCAAUGCUGUAUGAUUUUUAAGUAAAACAUGUUUUUUUGUUGCAAUUUGUCACUGAAUUACUUAAUUACUCUCAUAUUUAAAGAAACCUAUCAUAAUUAGCUUUUAAAAAAAAAUCAAAAUUUCUAUUAUGGUUAGACCUCUGACAUUACUGUGGAACUAAGAUGUUAUGUAUGUGUACACACUGAUGGGCAUAUCUUAUUGGAAAUAAAGUGCAGUUGUUGGGUCUAA